AAUUCUUGAGCAAAACUGUCAACUACCAUCUGUACAAUAAAGCUGAUCUGCAAAACUGAGCUUAACAACUAGCACAACCAGUCAUGUUAUAUCUCGUGGGUAGAUUCUUGGGUAGUAUUUUGGGUAGUGGUUCGACGAAGCGCAAGCGUCAAGAAGAAGAGGAAGAAGUGAAUCAGGAAAGCUGUGAUGACAACGGUUGUCGAUGUUGCCGAAAGAGAAGAAAACUAUCCUGCGAGGAGAAUCUAAGGCCAGAGGAGACUAACACUUCGGAAGAAGAGGAAAUCGGUCAAAAAUCAAAACACAAUGUUCCCGCUACUAACAAUACACACAAAGAUGCUUCCGGUAGUUCACCUGCUGAGGGAACGUCCACAACAAGUGUAAAUAAUGCAAACGCCACUGCAAGUAUGGAUACAACGAUUUCAUCAAACUCAGGCAUUGUUCUCACAACUCGUGUACCAACUGCCGCUGACACUAAUGCAACAGCAGAACAAGGCAGCACACCAAAUCCAACUACGAGUGUCAUCAAACCAUCGGCCACCACUGAAACCACCACUGCCAACGACACAGUAGAAGCGAUUGAUAAACCAUCGAACAGCACUGAUAAGACAGCCAAAGACUCUGAGACAGUAAAACCGGUUGGUAAUCCACCAAUUUCAAAAGCUACCGACAAAACCAUAGAAGCAAAAGCAUCGAACAGCACUGAAACGAUAGCCAAAGACUCAAAUACAGUAAAAACGGUUGGUAAUCCACCAAUUUCAAAAGCUGCUGACAAAACCAAAGAAACAAAAACAGACGAUUCAAAUGUAACAAAAACCCUCGAUACGGAGGUUGUACUGAAUCUGAGCAUCGACGAAAAAUUAGAAGUAGACCACGUCAAUUACAUCCGAGAAGAAUUUAUCUUUCCACUCGUGAAUAGAGAAGCAUUCGUAUCUGCUGGCUUUUCCAUUCAAAGAGGACUUCUUUUGCAUGGAUCCUCACACGGAAUGCGUACCUUCGUUAAAGGAUUCGCCAAUGAACUCUCGCGCCUUUUUGGAAAGCCUGCACGCAUAUUUUCGCGUACACCACUAGAUCUGUUCAGAAGCUACUCAGAUGAUGCAGAAAAAUUCAUGACAAGAAUACGAGAAAGUGUGAAGAAAUGUAACGAAGAUAUUCCAAUUAUCAUUUUGUUAGAGGAACUACGGUCAUGUUUGUCACAUUGUGAUGUCUUAAAGUACGAUACGGGCAGUUGUUCAGCGCUUGCCGGCUUAUUGAAAACAUUUUUGGCAGAAAAUAGUAAAUAUCAGAGACUAUUCAUCAUUGCAACAGUAGAUGAUAUGAAAAUUCUUCCAAAGCUCUUAUUGGAACCAGGAAUGUUAAAAAAAACCUUACAUUUUCCCGGUGCAGAAAGUGCAGUUAAAAGAAAACAGUUUUUGAAAGAAGCUGUAAAGAAAUGGAAGGUACAGCCAGAAGAUAAAUUGUUGGAUGAAAUGGCAGAGAAAACUGUCGGAUUUAGUGCAGCAGAAUUACAAGAAUUUGCACAGACGGUACUUUUGUCCACGGUACAUGAUAAAAUGAGAGGGCAGCUAAAAGAUUCAUGUUCGAAAUGUUGCGCGCUCCCAGAUUCCUGGAAAGCAAAGGAAGAUUUCUUCGAAUCCGUCAAUCCCACAACUGAGCAAUGGGAAAAGAUUUUCAAAACCCUGCAGAAGCCUUGCAAUAAAAAUACGAACGGAUGCGCAGUUGCAACAGCACCUUCGUUGGAGAAUCCGACUGCGAACAUAAACUUUUCGACCGUGGGAGGAUUGGAUGAACAAAUCACAUAUCUGAGAGAGAAUAUUAUCGUCCCGCUCAAAAAUAAAGAUGUUCUCAAGGAAUGGGGAGUGGAGCCGGUCAAAGGAAUCAUAUUCCAUGGGCCACCGGGAACAGGAAAAACUUUGUUAGCUAAAGCAAUGGUGAACGAAUUGGACAAACUCUUCGAAGACCAGCCUGCGACUUCAGCGGAAUCACCCGAUGAAAAUGUUCCUAAGACCACAGCUGCCACAGCAGUUCCCAAGAAAAAGUACAGCUUCUUUUACCGUAAAUCUACGGAUUGCUUUAACAAAUACGUUGGAGAAUCAGAACGAAUCCUUCGUGAGCUAUUCAGCACGGCAGAGAAACAAGCUCCCUCCGUUAUAUUUUUUGAUGAAUUCGAUGGACUUUGUCCGACUCGCACGAGCUCUACGUUUCAAUUCUAUACGAACAUUGUGACAACGCUGUUGGGACUUAUGGAUUCUGUGAAGAGAGGAGAUAUUCUCAUUAUUGCUGCCACGAAUCGAUUGGAUUCGUUGGAUCCCGCAAUACGUAGAGCAGGUAGAUUUGAUCGAAUAGUUGGAUUUCCAAUGCCAGGGAAAGAAGGAAGAGAAAGCAUUCUUGAGGUUCACACAAAGGCAUGGAAGAAUGGAAAUACUAAGGAAAUUUUGGAGCAAAUGGCGGAGAAGACUGUGGGAUACAGUGGAGCGGAUUUGGAACAAUUGGCUAGAGGAACACUAAUUCUUGGGAUGCAAAGAUUUCUGGAGAAAAAAACUCAACAACUGGAAAUUGUCCCCGAAGAUUGGCACACUGCCCUAUCGCAAACCAACCCCAGCAAUAAUUCCGGAGAAAUCGCAUUUGGUAAUGGCUCAACAUUUCUGCGACGAGUCCCGGAAGGCGUUAAAUUGCUUCUUGAAAGUAACAUGACAAAGAUUGAUCAGAAACUGCAACCAAUAUUCACUGCUAUUGAAGAGUCGGCCAAAACUAAUUGCAGCGGAGGACUUAAUUCAUUCCUAAUCUCGUCUGGUUCGGAAAAUAAUGACGUCGAUAGGUAUCUGGUACCACUUCUGCUCACGGAAUCCAAACUCUUCAAGAACGUGGCUCCAUAUACCCUUGAUCUGUCUGAUAUUCGGACGCUGACAAGGAAGCAGGUUCAAUCUACACUGGCCCAGUUGCAUUCUUCGCCGGAUGGAAAGAUUCCGUUGCUUUUUAUUCCUCAAAUUGAGGUGUUCAUUAAAUUGAAAAAUAGUGAAGCGAAUGCUGGAGGUAUUGUGGAUUAUGUACUCGCUCAACUCCAAACGAUCAGAGGAAAGAAUGUGCUACUGCUGGCCACAAGUAAAGUGACCUUGACAAAUAUGCAACAAAACGAAGAGAUGCUCACCCUCUUCAAAGAUGUUGAAGGUUCAAAAUGUCAUGAAUUCAUGCGACCGUCGCUUCAGGAUUUGGCAUCCUUCUUCAAAGCGAACACACGAUUGGAAAAAGAGUUCCCGAAACAACUGGAAUGUGCCGUGAAAUUUGGAGAGGGUAAAGACGUGGAAACUUUAUUGGAUCUGAACGCGGAAGUGCAACGCAUACUACAGCAGAAGGAAGGCGAAGAAAACAAGACUGACAAAUUCAUUUCGGAACAAUUGACAGCUCUAUUGAACGCUUUCAACAAUCAUAAGAGAGGACAGAAUCACCUUGACCUUUACAUUUAGUAAUAAUUUUUGUUUUCUGUUGAAUUAUUAAUACAAGAAGAACUGAUACCCACGAAUCAUGAUGAGACUC